AUGGAUUCCAGAGAUCCCAUACUCAGAAAAAGUGCAAAAUCCCUCAUAUUUCGCAAACAUGGCAAAUUCCAGGCCGCGAAUCCAGCAAACACGUUGGAUGGUCUCGUGGCUCGUCGUGCCGACGACACCCAUGAACCAUUCCAGAAACGUUAUCUCAGUGAACAAGAGGCUAUUGAAGGUCCAGAUGACGAGGCUGAAGCUAAGAAUACAUAA